AUGUCUUCAACCCCCUCUGUUGCCGAACUGCAAGCCUAUUCUGAAGAAGUACAAGCCCUUUACAAGAAACUUCCCAACCUCCGCGACCUGCCCGACAACAAAGUCAACGAGACAGCCGCACUCGAACAAGACGUCAAGAACCUCGACGUGAAAGAACAGACUCGCCUCACCGACAAGAUCGCAAAGGAGUCCUCCGACUCGACCGCAUCCUCGCACGACAACCACGCCGAGGGCGGAAACCUACUCGCUUCAGCUCACAACUCCAAGGGCCCAGCCAUUCCGGACAACAUGCCCAAGGCGGAGAGCAAGGAGGACCUUAAGAAGAGGGCUGAGGAGUUGAACAAAUAG